AUUAAAGCGUCUUUUUUUUUCUUUUAUUUUUCUGUACGAUCUCGACGCCGAUCCUACGAUAAUGAAACGAGUAGUCACUUUUCAGGAGAACGAUGCUUCGGCACAAGAUAUAAAGCUCUCAGAUUUUGCACAAGCUUCCACGAUCACAGAACGAUCGCCAAAGAAGCAAAAGCAUAACAACUAUUAUAAACAUAACGACAAGAGUAAUAAAGCCGAUCGUGCGCACAUUAAAGCAAAAAGAAAAGAAAUGCUAGACUUUCGAAAACAGCUGCCCAUUUACUCAGGUCGCGAUGCUAUUAUGAAAGCGAUUCAAGACAACCCAGCUGUCAUCGUCAUGGGCGAGACUGGCAGUGGCAAAACUACUCAUUUGCUUUUAUAGAGAUACCACAAUUUAUCAAGGAGGCUGGCAUGAUCUCGGAUAAGCUUGGAGGUGUGGCUAUUACCCAACCCAGACGAGUGGCUGCUGUCAAUUUGGCCAAGCG